UUUUCAGUAAUACCAGUCAGAUGUUCCCUCUUGCCUUGGAUACUCUCCCAGAUAGCCCACUGGCAAACCGUCUUGCCUCCUUCAGUUCUUUGUUCAGAUCUCACUUUUGCACUGGUGUCCAACCUGGCCACCUCGUUAAUGAUGCAACCUGCUCCAUCUUACCUUGCUCUACUUUUUUGGGGGGGAGGGGGUGUUAUUCAUCUUUUUAUUGUUAAAUUGUAAGAAUUCAUUAUUUAUUAUGACUCCAGGUCCCUUCAGAUAUAUGAGUUCCAAACAUUUUCUCCCAUUCUGUAGGUUGCCUUUUCGCUUUUUUAAAAAAAAUUUUUUUGGCCGGGCAGCACGUGGGAUCUUAGUUCCCCGACCAGGGAUCAAACCCGCACCCUCUGUGUUGGCAGCGCGGAGUCUUAACCACUAGACCGCCAGGGAAGUCCCCCCUUGCUCUACCUUUUUUUUCCCCCACAGCCUUGUCCCAUCUUCUAACACACUACGUAAGGUAUGAUCUCCCCUCGUUAGAAUACAGCCUCCAAGAAGGCAAUAAUCAGGUUUGCUCACUGAGCCCAAGCACCUAGACCAGUGUCUGGCACCCAGCAGGCGCUCAAUAAAUGUUCAAUUUAAACAUUAAAUGCUUGUAUUCCUCGCAAUACUACCACCGAGAAGUAUAACUAACAAUAUCGGAUGGUUUUUGGUCUCCCACUACUUUCGCCCACACCUAGGAGAGCUACUUCGAAUUGGAAACACAGAAUUUUCAGUUCACCAAAGCUCUUUCUCUGCUCAGCUUCUCCAAAGUGUAUGUCCCAGGUUCACGGUUUCCAACCUGGGCGAGGUGCCACUCCCCAGCCCCAGGGUCACGCCAGUGAUUGUACCCGACUCAUCCACCCAACCAAUCAAAAAUCGCCGUCCUUUUUUUUCUCUUGCCCCAGUAAAGGAUUUCACUUUCCGAUUGGUUGUGCCAAGAGGGGUGGGACGAAGCAAUUUUGGUAAGGGAGGGGUUCUACUCUAGGGCGGUUGCCUAGGUCAUCGCCCGGCUUUCCGGAAGCUGAGAAAAAUGGGCGUAGCGAGCACACCCCGCCCUUAUUCACGAUCCGGCUUGCGAUUGGUCCGCAGCUUGCGGGCCACGCCCCCAACCCGGACUCGCGCCGCGCCCCAAACGGUCCGUUGCUCCCGGCCGGGUUACGAGGAGAUCCUGAAGGCUCCUCCGUGGGAAGGGGACCUCAAAGGCCAGGACACCUGAGCCCCGCCCCGACGCAAGUAGAGGUGCCUCUGCCGGCCUGUUUCCUCAUCUUGGCGUGAAGGGACUGGACUAGAUGUUCCCCAAGGUCCCUUCUAGUAUUCCUUCCUAGCUAUGAAACAGCCCAGCAGUUCCAGGAAUGGAGGAAGAGUCUAGGGUGGCACCUAAAAAUGAAAUACGGACUGUAAACAGAUACGGAAAAGGCUGACUGCCUGCCGCUCAGGAGAUGAUGCUGGAGAGGAGGUGGAAUAAUCUUUAACCCCCUCAUUUUACAGAAGAAAAAACUUUGAGAAGAGCUGAGUCAGGCUGAUAAUGGGAAGAACCAGGUUUCCUGACUGGACUCCAUGAUUGGUCCCUUUACACUUUACAGUGUUGGCAAAGAGAAGGCAUAACUGUAUUAAAACAGGUUAAAAAAACUGUUCACAGAAAUAAAAGCAGACUAUGUAAUCUGGAGCACUUCCCACUUUCAUUUACUUAGGAUUCCUCUCCUCCUGACAUUUGGGGUGACUAACAAAGAAGAAACAGCACUAAAAAAUAAAACAGAAGCAAGUUAUUUCCCUCUUCUGCUUUUCCUCUGUCACCUUUGUCUCCUUGGAAGAGCUUCUCAACUUCUAACGUUCCAAACCCACCUUUGUAAGACUCUUCAGUGGUCACCCACCCACCUUCCAAAAAAAAAAGGGGGGAAGAAAAAAAAAGCCAACUAAAACCGAAACCAAAGUGGGCCAUUUAUACAAAAUGUCCAGCCUAGGCAAAUCUACAGAGACAGAAGUACAUUAGUUCUGCGUGUUUAAUCUUCUCACUCUUAGGGGAUCUGGGCCAUCUGGCCCUGCAGAUGUUUCCUGAAUCUCCAAAUGUGUCACCUCCAGGGUUGCCUGCCUCCUGCUCCUGCCACCCCUUCACAUUCUGCAAGGCUUCAUGUAAUAGAAGGAAGCAUGCUAGUUCCCCUGACCACCUGCUCACCCCCUCCUCUGCCACCUCAUUUCUUGGCCACUCUGGAUGGCGCUGGGAUAAAGAAAGGAAGGACAGACAAGGCAGAAUAGAGAGCCUCAGAUGUUUGGAAGGAGCACAGUGCUACGCUCAGAAGCCCUGGAAUCAACGCACGUGGACUUAGCUCCUGGCCAGCCUGUUACUAUGUGGCCUUAGGUGCAGCGGAGACAGCAGUGACUACAAGAGGCCGGGCCCCCGCCCUGAUGGAGCUGAGCUUAACCCCUGUGUGUGCGGGAGCGGAGCGGAAGGCAGUGCCAGAGGUGAUACAUGCUUUGAGAAACAGAGCUGGGGAAGGGGGACCAGGAGAAGCAAAGGCCCUGAGGCGAGACUGAGGUGUCAAAGGUGACAGAAGCCAAGGAUAAGAUGGAGAUAUGCCUGCUAGGGAAGGUGGAAGGAGACAGCUCUGAUAAGGAGCAGAGGCGGGGCCAGCAGGGCCUCUUCUGCUGGCCACACUCUCUAAACCGCAGAUGUAGGCCCAGAGGAGUUGUGUCCCCUUAGCAAUUUCUGACAGUUCGUUCCUCCCCUCGCUCCCUCACAUCUCUGGACAGAUAGCCCUUUUCACAUUCUCCUUGUGAAUGUGAUUUGUAAUUCCUUUGCGUUUAUCACACACACACAAACACACACAGUCAAACCUCUUGAGUUCUUGAGGGUAGGGAGCCCAAUUUUUGUUCAGCUCCGAGGUCUCCCUGCUGUUCUGUUCCCCACGGUGCCCAGAAAUAGUAGGCUCCCAUAUACCAAUGUGUUAAACUGAAAUAACGGCAUGGUCUUAAGCACCUUCCCUCACUUCUCACACCUUAGUUUCCUCUCCUGUAAAAUGGGGAUAAUCAUUGAUUGUGGUGAGGAGGAAAAGAGAAAAAGGCUAUAAAAAUUGGGGGCCUAGAUAACCUGGACUUGAGGCCACCAGGGUUUUUCUCUUGCUCUCAGCUGGGUGCCCCUGGAGCUACUGGGAAACGUUCUUGCCCUCCUCCCUCCUGCCACCACGGGGCCUCAGUUUCCUCCUCUGAGGGGAGCUAACUGGGGAAGAGGGGCCAGCACACACUUCCCAGUGAGGCUGGGGCUAGGGACACAGGCUGCCACAAAUCUCUCCUGGCUGCGCUGGUCCCCUCAGCCCAAAUGCUUGUUGCUGUGACUUCUUAUUUCACAUAAGCCAUUUUUGGUCUGUAGGAUGUUCCGUCUCCAGGUCUGUCCUGCCAGCCCUGGCUCCCACCCCACAAUCCAGGCAUCCAGGACCCAUGCCUGGGUCUGAGUCCCAACAAAGGCAGGCCCCGGAGACCAGCAGCCAACGAAUCUGAGAUAGGGCUUUCUGGGAGCGGCAGGCGGAGCCCCUGUGAAAUGGAGGGUGGCCAGAAAUCCGGAGCCCCCCAGAGAACUGGCUUCCACUGGAGGCGGAGAGAGGGCCGUCGUCUCAGCCACCUCCCUGCUUCCCCGUCCUCUUCUUCUCCCAGGCUGUGGGAGGCAAAGGGUUAAAUCCCAUAGAGCUGAUGAUCUGACUCCAGGCUAGAGGGGCCCGGGAAGCUGGGGUCACUUCCUGCUCCGUCCCAGUCACCCUGAACUGGUCCCCGGGUCCUCAGCCUGGGAUCACCCCUUGAGAAGGACCCCAGAGUCCUCGGCAUCUAGCCCGCCCCCCGAGGCAGGGCAUUCAAGGGGUUAAGUCCCCUGGGGCUGGAUUCUGCCUUCCGGCCUUUCCCAGACCCCAGAGCCGUAGUUGCUGCAGAAGCCCCCGAUGGCUUUAAACUGCCCCCUCUCCCUACCUCUGGCCCAAGCUUCGACCUUCUUUCUGUGCUUGGAUAACGGGAAAGUGCCCCAGUCUUUUGGAGGGCCCUGUCCCCUCAGGGAAAUCAGGGUGGUUGCUUUCUUUUUUUAAUUCUUUAAGUGUUCCAGGCAGUCUUGGUUGUCUACGGGGCUCAUAAGGAAAGUUUAUUGGUCCCAAUUAGCAGCCCCAUUAAGGAGGAAAAUUAGAGUCUUUAAUGAACUUCCUCUGAUUAGCAAAAUAACAGGUUUCCCAGCCUCUGGGCAUCAGAGGGGUAGGGUGGAGAGCCUGCUUCCCCUGUGGGUGUCAGAUAAUACCUCUCCAGCCCCCAGUCUGGGUUCAAAGGGUUAUGACUGAUGAGCUUUUAAUUACACUCUUAAAUUCACCUACUUGCUUAGUUGUGAUCUUAAGAUCUGGAGCAGGAAUCUGGCCUGCGGGGGCCGGGGGUGGGGGGCGCGGUGAGAACUGAUGCCCAGAAAAAUGGGGAGGUGGGAGACUGCAGUUCAGAUGAGGAGAAAUAGGGGCUGGGGGUGGGCAGGUGGGGGAGUGGGGCUGGGGGAGUAAAGGAAGGCGGGAGGUCAGCUCCCAUGGUGUGCUCUCUCCCCUCCCCUCCCCAGGGUCCCUGGAGCACUGGGCAGUCCUGAGUUCUGGGAUGGAGCCCGAGGCAGCGCUGUGGGGCCCUGAUCUGCAGGGUCCUGAGCUGAGCCCCGACGAUGCUCAUCGAGGUGCCGACAGUGGGAACGAAGAGGAGAGCCCUCAGCAGGAAAGUUCUGGGGAGGAGGAGGUCAUCUUGGGAGAUCCAUCUCAGAGUCCAGAAUUCAAGGACCCACCAGAGAUGCCCCUGGAGACACCCUCCCAGGAUCCCUCAGUCCCCCAGGACCCCCCGGCCCCGCUGGGUCACUCCAACCCCUCAGACCACCAGACCCCUCUGGACCCCCCCACCCCCGAGGUAGUCCCGACCCCGUCUGACUGGACCAAGGCCUGUGAGGCCAGUUGGCAGUGGGGGACUCUGACCACCUGGAACAGCCCCCCGGUGGUCGGGGCCAACGAGCCCAGCCUGCGGGAGCUGGUGCAAGGCCGCCCUUCCGGGGCCGAGAAGCCCUACAUCUGCAACGAGUGCGGCAAGAGCUUCAGCCAGUGGUCCAAGCUGCUGCGGCACCAGCGCAUCCACACAGGCGAGCGGCCCAACACCUGCUCCGAGUGCGGCAAGAGCUUCACGCAGAGCUCGCACCUGGUGCAGCACCAGCGCACGCACACGGGCGAGAAGCCCUACAAGUGCCCCGACUGCGGCAAGUGCUUCAGCUGGAGCUCCAACCUGGUGCAGCACCAGCGCACGCACACGGGCGAGAAGCCCUACAAGUGCACCGAGUGCGAGAAGGCCUUCACCCAGAGCACCAACCUCAUCAAGCACCAGCGCUCUCACACGGGCGAGAAGCCGUACAAGUGCGGCGAGUGCCGGCGGGCUUUCUACCGCAGCUCGGACCUCAUCCAGCACCAGGCCACCCACACGGGCGAGAAGCCCUACAAGUGCCCCGAGUGCGGCAAGCGCUUCGGCCAGAACCACAACCUCCUCAAGCACCAGAAGAUCCACGCCGGUGAGAAGCCGUACCGCUGCACCGAGUGCGGCAAGAGCUUCAUCCAGAGCUCGGAGCUGACCCAGCACCAGCGCACGCACACCGGAGAGAAGCCCUACGAGUGCCUGGAGUGCGGCAAGAGCUUCGGCCACAGCUCCACCCUCAUCAAGCACCAGCGGACUCACCUGCGCGAGGACCCGUUCAAGUGCCCGGUGUGCGGCAAGACCUUCACGCUGAGCGCCACGCUGCUGCGGCACCAGCGCACGCACACGGGCGAGCGGCCCUACAAGUGCCCCGAGUGCGGCAAGAGCUUCAGCGUCAGCUCCAACCUCAUCAAUCACCAGCGCAUCCACCGCGGCGAGCGGCCCUACAUCUGUGCCGACUGCGGCAAGAGCUUCAUCAUGAGCUCCACCCUCAUCCGCCACCAGCGCAUCCACACCGGCGAGAAGCCCUACAAGUGCUCCGAUUGCGGCAAGAGCUUCAUCCGCAGCUCCCACCUCAUCCAGCACCGGCGCACGCACACGGGCGAGAAGCCCUACAAGUGCCCCGAGUGCGGCAAGAGCUUCAGCCAGAGCUCGAACCUCAUUACGCACGUGCGCACCCACAUGGAUGAGAACCUCUUCGUGUGCUCCGACUGCGGGAAGGCCUUCUUGGAGGCGCACGAGCUGGAGCAGCAUCGAGUGAUCCAUGAAAGGGGCAAGACCCCCGCCCGAAGAGCUCAGGGCGACAGCCUCCUGGGGCUCGGGGACCCUGCCCUGCUGACCCCACCCCCUGGAGCCAAACCCCACAAGUGUCUCGUCUGCGGAAAGGGGUUCAAUGACGAGGGCAUUUUCAUGCAACAUCAGAGGAUCCAUAUCGGAGAAAACCCCUACAAAAAUUCAGACGGCCUCCCUGCACACCCCAUCCCCAAGCCGCCUCAGUUUCGACCCCCCAGGCUCCCUUUUGGAGGAAAUUCCUAUCCAGGUGCUGCGGAGGGCAGAGCUGACCCCCCAGGACAGCCCUUUAAAAUGCCUGAUGGGCAGGAGAGCUUCAGCCAAAGGCUGGGUCUGCUGUCCUCCAAGUCCUACAUCUGUUCGCACUGUGGAGAAAGCUUUCUGGAUCGCGCUGUGCUCCUCCAACAUCAGCUCACCCACGGCAACGAAAAGCCCUUCCUCUUUCCUGAUUAUAGGAUUGGCCUAGGGGAAGGGGCAGGGCCCAGUCCCUUCCUAAGUGGAAAGCCCUUUAAAUGCCCCGAAUGCAAAAAAAGCUUUGGCCUCAGCUCUGAGCUGCUGCUGCACCAGAAAGUCCACGCUGGCGGGAAACCCCAGAAGAGUCCGGAGCUGGGGAAGAGCUCUUCGGUCCUCCUGGAGCACCUCAGGAGCCCGCUGGGGGCCAGACCCUACAGCUGCUCAGAUUGUGGGGCCUCCUUCCUCGAUCGCCUAGCCCUCAUCCGGCACCAGGAGACCCAUACCCAAGAAAAGUCCCCCAAACCUGAGGACCCCCUCCCAGAGCCAGCCACCCUGUCCACAAGCCAGGAAAGUGAGGAGGAAGCCCCCAUCCCCACAGAGAGCAGCAGCCACAGGGAAGGGGGAAGCCCCAAAACCCUUUUGGAAGAAAAGCCCUAUUUGUGCCCCGAGUGUGGAGACGGCUUCACAGAAGUCGCAGCCCUCCUCCUCCAUAGGAGCUGCCACCCAGGGGUCACCCUGUGAAAUGGGUCUGGAGACCAGGGGCCUCUCUCUCCUGAGAGGAACACUGGAUCUCCCCAAAAAUUAUGUGGGGAAAGGAGGAAACCUCUAUCAGAUUGGAGAGAGGCAGAGGAUAAAGAACGGUGGCUAAAAAUAGUGCUUUUACAUCACUGAUGAGAAACCCUUUAAAAUUGUUGGUGGGAACCACUUAUAAGGCAGUAGAGAAAAACUGUUGGGUUAGAAACCCUAUAAAUACGUAGGAAAAAAAAGCCCUUUAAGUCUGUAGCAGAAAAACCCUAUAAACCAUAGUGGAUAAAAGCCCUAUUAAUUGUAGGAAGAGGUCCCAAUAUGUCUCUACACAACCCUAUAAAACUGUAUUGAAAUCCUGGUGAAACUAUAGGGUCAGGGAAGUGCAGGGAAUAUGACAAUGGCGUUGACUUGGGAGGAGUGACCCUUAGAAGGUGUGGAAGAACCUCCCGUGAACUUGCUCCACAGCAUUCUCUCCCCUUGGAGUAUGGGAGGGAACCUCUCUCCCAGAGCCGUGGACAAUUACACUGAGGAAACUGCUCGUCUGGGGAGGAGCGCGGGAAUGGGGUGGAACCAGAAAAGGAAGAAAACAGAGGAGAAAAAUAAGUGAUGAGGAGCUCUCAGAUCCACAGAGGAGAAAUGCCCCAGGAACUAGGAAGAGAAGGUGUAGCUCAGGACACUGGGGGUUCCUCGGGGUACGAGGGCAGUCUUAGGUGAUUGUGUGUGUGAAAGGAAGAGACCCAUGGAAUUCCUGAUCAGAAAGAACCCAAAAAUGGGGAAGGAAAAAAAAUAUCCAGCCUUUUUAAAGGCUGAAGUUUGGGGUGCAUAAAAGCUUUAAGUAUAAGGAGACCACAAAAAUUGGGGAGGAAGAGUAGGGGGUUUGCUAGAGUGCUUUGAGGAAAGCAGACCGAGGUGGAGAAACUGUUCCGAUGGAACCCAACAAACUCCAGGCUGCCCGGUCUUCCCUGUCUCCAGGAGCUUGUUAAACUGCAAGUACAAGCAGAUUCCAGCUCAGGCCAUCAGGGUUCCCCCCACCCCCAAAGCAGGCAGGACUCCCCUCUCCCCAGCCCAGCUGGGGACGUCUACUCUCAGAGGCCUCCAGGGAUGGAGGGUCCCUCCUGCCACGUUCUCAGGUCUCACUGUCAGGAGGCUUCUCCUGAAAUCUAACUGCCACCAGUCCUGCUGCAGUGGCAGCCCGUUUCCUCAAAUUCUGUCCUCAGUCGGAGAGGGAGAACCGCUGCUAGUCGACCUCCAAAGAAUAAAGCCCUUCAGAGACUCAAGGCCUGUGUGUGGUUAAAUCCUGCCCAGACUCCUCCAAGUCAAGAGAGCUAUGUGUGGGCUCCCUGUGGCAACGAGGGACAGCAAGCUGACGGAAUAGAGAGCUUUGAUUAGCCAGCAACCUGAUUUUAAACCUCACCCUUUCAUCUGAGCUGUUAGCAAGGCUGCUGGCAGGACAAGCCAGCCUGCACACCGUGAUGGGUGUCCAAACACCCCACAGGCUGGACCGUGGGUCCCUGAGGAGCAUAUGGAGACCUGACCACCCGACCACCUCAGCCUGGUACCCGGAGCCCUCUGAGGCUGUUAACAACCCAGCCCGACUGUGGGCUUGCAAAGGGACAGAUUCCACCCACUUGGCUCCUUUCCUCCUUAGCCAGAAACCUUCAGAGGCAAACGAAAGGAUGAGAAACACACUCCCUGGCCAGGCUUGUCUCCAGUCCUCACACACCGCACACAGUGACAUACUCUCAUUAACCCAGCCAAACCCGCUCACGUGACUGGGAGUGUGUGGCAGGGGAAACAGACUGUUUUCUUCUAAAAUGGUUGGAGAGAGAAAACUCUUGAAACAUCCGUAACAAGAACCCCAUCCCCUAACCCUGGAGACCCUUAAAGAAGGAGAGGACUCCGUCCAGUGCUGGGUUCAAAGGAAGUGCCCACCCACUGACCCCACGCUGGCCCCACUAACGCGCUGUGGUCCUGAAGUAAGAUGACCGAGAUGCCAGGUGAGGAGUCACAUCCCCGGAGAGGGUGACCCAGCUUCCUACCAACCUGUGGAAGAGACCUGUGAUUCCACUACCUAGAAGUUCAAAAGGUGAAAGUCCUUCACCCUUCGUCUGUCCUGUUCCCAAAGGGAUGACCCUCAAAUUCAAAGAUCAAAAUCUAGAACGCUGUAGGAGGAAAAAGCGAGGCCUGCUGGGGAGAAGGAAAAGGCAGGCCUUGGAUGACUACGGGGAGACCCUUCUUAACAUCUGCAUAAAGCCCCACCCCACCCAAGUGCCAGGUCAGAGAGUACCACCAAGAGGGGAGAAGAAGGCUGCCUGCCUCUACUGACAGCAUGGACCAAGGGGGUGUCCCUCUGAGACUGAGGAAGAGGAGACGAUUCUCCACGCAGGUUUUUUUCCCUGUAAGAUGGCAGCAGAAAGAAACUUCAGUUGUAGAGACAAACCCCUUGUAAAGCUAGAAGCAGAUCCUCUCAGAAACAGGUCUGAGGAAUGUGUCUCCAGAAGGGUCCCGGAGAGCCCUUGGGGCUCCAGGGUCAGUCCAGGGGAAGACGGUCAGUGUGGUCAAAGGCCGACUGAAGGCCAAUUGAGGACUAGGGUGUAGCAUACGUAGUAGGAUGCUCGCAUGUUGUAGGGUGAGGGCCAGGGGUCUUGGCUCCGGUACUGGAUGGAUGAUGUGGACACAAUUAGUUGGGGUCUGGGGUUUCAUAGCAAGAAAGGGGGCAGAGUCAGAGACCUUUGGGGUGUGACCUGUUCUCUGUUGCCCACCUCCCCAGACUCUUUUAGCUGGGUACUUUCCUCCCAGAGCAAGCUACAUCUUGGGAGGAACUAAACAGGGAACAGGCUGGGGGAGGUGGCAGUGUCGAGUCCCUCUGACCAGCUCAGGCCAAGGCCCAGGGGUCGUGGCACUUUCCCACCAGAACUGGGUCAGGAAGGCAGAGUGUAGCCAAACCCUCUCGUUCAACUCCACGCAAGCCUGACUCUUAAGAAGUGCCCUCGUGGAGGAGUGCGACACAGGGUCACAGCGUCAUUGGUGAAAGCAGAGGGGAGAAUAGAAACUGAUCUGAGCUUAGGCUGAAACUUGAAACUGCUAUGGAUAUGGAGGUCAGAAGGGGGCAUGGGCAUGCAUCCUGAAUGGUGGGGCAACUCGAAACCAUCACAACCAAGAGGUGGGUUCCAUGGCACCCGCCCCUCAGGUGAGCAGCCCUGACUCCUUUGCGCCCCCGUGAGGGAAGCCCCACUCACCUGACUCGUCCCCCUGGAGUGAAGAGAGGCCCCACUUUUGAGUGUUGUGUGUCAAUAACAGUGUUGUGUCACUGGUGGUCAUGUUGAUUAGUUGAAGAGAAUAAAGGGAGUAAGAUUC